CAGGUGCUAUCAAAUAUCGGGUCAUAAAAGAGAGCAGAUUGUAGUCCCGACUGAACCCCCUAGCUCUUGGGGGUCAGGUUACCAGGAGAAAUGAUUUUUCCCCCUCAUACCAUCAUCGAUGGCGAGAUUCUGCCGAUGUUCCAACAGGAUCAGAUUGGGCGAAAUGAUAUGAAUCCACGGAAUGGGUCCGCCAGAGGGGCCUAAAGUCGUGUAACGCAACAGUACUGCAUACGACCAUAAGGGGUGGGGGACCGCCAAUGCUCUCAACCUUAAGUUCAGAGUUACAAUGCGGGAAAAAUUCCCUGGCAACAAUUUGAAUAGUCACGAAAUGGCAUGCACUGGCAGGAGGUGGUUUGGGACAUGGAUCACAAAUAACGUUAGAGAUCUGUUUCUCCAAGCAAGUCGAUAUCGGGAUGGAUCCGGACGGGUGACGUCACACUGUCCAUACGUCACCUUGAAUGAUGUCUCCCAGGUCGACAACGCAUUGUGCAUUGCAGCAUGUACAAUUCAGCGAGCGAGAAAGAAUGCCAAUCAUCAAGGAGCACAUGUGACGAAGAGUUCGAUAGCAUUCACGAGAAAAGGAUGGACAAUAUCAUCGCGAGGGCGGAUGGGUUGUGGGCUAGUUGAUAAGAAGGCUCACCAAGCGGUUAAUGUCAAUCGGUGGGCGAUCAGCUUUAUAGGGGCCAUGCUUUCCGUGCUCGGCGGAAGCUCAAUGUUCACAGAACCUCGUCGACAAGCAACGACUAAGCGCCAGCGACUUGUGCCAGAGAAAAAAACGCUCGACAAACAACAACGCCCCGCUAACAAAGUGAAGUGUGACAAGACCAAAAACAUGUGAUGGCAGUCGUUGCACAUAUGACUGUGGCAUCCACGUCGCAAGCAAUGAGUGCACGAAUACAAGUCGAUAGUCAAAGGAUGAAGCAGCGGGUUAGAAACAAACAAUGGACGAUGGGCACAAGAGAGAGGAACUGAUGAGGAAGGGGACGUCGCUCCCUCCAAAAACCCAACUUUAAUCCUUUCUGUAACUCAACUAGCUUUCCCAUGUUGUUC